CCAAACCCUCAAAGGUAUCACACUCGAGUCUUUACCCGCAGUGGCUUCUUCAUAUCCCAGCAUUUUUCCAUUCUCUCUUCUUGCUUCCUAGCUAAAGGUGACAGUCUAAGAGUUCACUCAUCAUUUCCUCUUUCGCUAUCUUCUCUCAGGGAAAAGAUGAGCCGACCUGGAGACUGGAACUGUCGGUCAUGCUACCACUUGAACUUCCAAAGAAGAGACUCGUGCCAAAGAUGUGGGGAACCUAGACCAGGUGAUAGAGGUGACUAUGGAGGCUUCGGAGGAAGGGGCAGCUCGCCAUUUGGGAUAUAUAACACUGGCCCAGAUGUUAGACCAGGCGACUGGUAUUGCACAAUCGGCAACUGCGGGGCCCACAACUUUGCAAGCCGCUCCAGCUGCUUCAAGUGUGGUGCAAUGAAGGAUGAUUCAAUAGGUGGUAGAUUUGAUGGAAGUGACAUGUCUCGUAUGAGAGGUUUCGGGUUUGGUGGUGGCGGUAGCAGUGGCAGUAGCAGUCGGUCAGGGUGGAAACCGGGUGAUUGGAUUUGCACCAGGUCGGGAUGCAACGAGCACAAUUUUGCAAGCAGGACAGAAUGCUUCCGAUGCUAUGCUCCUAGAGAAUCCAUCGGCAAAUCUUCGUAUUCUUCCUGAUCGUGUUCUUGACCUACAUUGGUAGCAGUACUCAAUUGGAGAGAGAGUAUGAUGAGCUUUUCUGGACCCCUUUAUUUUGGACAUCAUAUAUUUUAUCCAGUUAGGAGACAAGGAUCUCAAUAUUUUAUAUUAAUUAAGGUUGUUGACGUUCAAGACUUUGAGCAGAGUACGUACCAUGUCAUAUUAGGGUCUUAUAUGUUGUUAUCCAUUAUCUUAGUAAAGUAAAGUAGCUCUACUCUACUUAUGAAGCUCUCUCUACUUUUGGAGGGUCAGCAUUAUAUUUUGCUUUUCUCAAUAUAUAUUUAUUGAAAUUUUGCUUG